AUGCGACUAAUAAGCAUCAACCGAAUCAUUUCAGAAGAUCAUCCCAAUGAUCCGAAUGAUGGUGCGACCGAUCAGCCGACAUCUCAUUCGCUUUCCGAGAUGGACAUCAGUAUGGAUGCGCAGUCGUCGGAAGGCACAGAGCCGAAAGCUGACACAGCUCCUGAGCUAGUAUUCGAACUAGGAAAGGAGCCAAGUGAGGAUCAUGAACAGCCAGAAGCUGAAGCAAAAUUGGUUGAGGCUGUAGCAGAAGAGCCAACAUUUCAUGAAGCCAAAGAAGCGGGUCAAUUAACACAAAUUGGUGGCAGUACCUACGAGACACCCGUCAAGAAAACUGCAGCACCGAUGUGA